UUGGUUUGCGGGUGUGUUUGUUCGCGCCUACUGCUAGGUGCAUGAAUCAUUUACCCCAUCUUAGACAGUUUUUGGGUGAGUCCAAUUCAAAUGGUUCCCCACGAAGGAGGGUAUGAUUGUGGUGCCUAACGAGAGUGGUGACCUCAUUCCCACUCGAAUAGUCACUUGGUGGAGAGUUUGUAUUGACUACAUAAAACUUAAUGACGUCACCCAAAAUGAUAAUUUCUCCUACCAUUCAUUGAUAAGAUGUUGGAAAGAUUGGCAUGACAUGAAUAUUCGUGUUUCCUAGAUGAAAUAUUUGGAUAUUUCCAAAUCCCAAUCAAUCUAGUCUACCAAGAGAAGACAACAUUUUGCAUGCCCCUAUGGUACUUCUGCCUACCAACGGAUACCAUUUGGUAUGUGCAAUGCCUCUGCCACAUUCCAAUGUUCCAUGAUAACUAUCUUUUACGUCUUACUAGAGGAUUUGGUAGAGGUCUUCAUGGACGAUUUCUCAUUCUAUGGAGACUCCUUCUCCCAAUGCGUUAGCCAAUCUAAAGAAGGUUCUAAUUGGUUGUGAGGGAGAACCCACUUAGCAUUCAGCCGAGAACAGAGUCACUUCAUAUUAACAUAAGGGAUCGUUCUGCGGCACAAGAUCUCGAAAAAAGGUAUCAAGGUAGAUUAAGCAAAAAUUGAAACAAUUUUCAAUCUACAUCCUCCCACUUCCGUCAAAGCUUAUGAAGCUUCUUAGGCCAUGUAGGCUUCUAUAGGUCAUAUUAUUUAGAAUUUUUAUAUACAAGUUAUAACUAUUUAUUUGGAAUGUAAAUAUAAGAACCUAACGUUAAACUUCUAUUUUUCCCUUUCAACAUUAGAAAGUAAUUUGAAUUCACUCUACUAUUAUCGACAUAAUAAGUCUGCCUCUUAAUGGUUAGACCUCGACUUCAUUACAUAAUGAAAUAUAACUUGAAAAUUAACUUGACUUUCAUUAUAUCUUAAAUUAUAUGAGAUUUGAUACAAUUUAUAUAUGUAUGUUCAGCUUAAUGAUUUUUCAUAUAUCUAGACUAAAACAAUAUAACCAUUAACCCUCUGCCAGUUAGCCGACCGAGCUGAUAGGCUAAACCGAGUUGACAACCUUCGACAUGACAUAACUCUCGAGUGUCACGGUUGGGUCGGUUCGGGGUUGACAGGUUACGCUAAUUUGAGUAAUUUCCGAAUUUAUAUGUUCAACCCCUGCUGCGCAUGACGGGUAUGUGUUGACAGUAGAGAGAGAGAGAGAGAGAGAGAGAGAGAGAGAGAGAGUGAAAAUGGAGACUGUGGGAGUAUUUGGAGGUACCCGAUUAUCCGUCUCCUCAUCCCUUCGUCGCUCCCCCGCCGGCGCUUUCCCCUGUAAGAAGCUGAACCUUCGGGCCACCGCCCAGCUAGCAGCAUUCCGUUCCCCCUCCAAUUUGUUCUCCUAUUCUCCAUCCCGUGUCAAUGGCUUUCAUAAGCCGCUUCCACGCAAGUCCACCAAAUCCCAUAUCUUCCUUCCUCACUUGGUCGCUUCCAUGGAACAAGUAGAGGAGACAUACAUUAUGGUCAAACCAGACGGUGUUCAGCGUGGCCUCGUAGGGGAAAUCAUAUCUAGGUUUGAGAAGAAAGGGUUUAAACUGAAAGCUUUGAAGCUCUUCCAAUGCCCCAAAGAGCUUGCAGAGGAGCAUUACAAGGAUCUCAAAGCCAAAUCGUUCUAUCCUAAACUGAUCGAUUACAUCACUUCCGGUCCUGUUGUGAGCAUGGCUUGGGAAGGUGUUGGGGUUGUAGCAUCAGCCCGUAAGCUGAUAGGGUCAACAGAUCCUCUUCAAGCUGAACCAGGAACAAUUAGAGGGGACCUUGCUGUCCAAACGGGAAGGAAUGUGAUUCAUGGCAGCGACAGCCCUGACAAUGGAAAGCGUGAAGUUGGUCUGUGGUUUAAAGAAGAUGAAAUAUGCCAAUGGACUCCAGCUCAAGCACCUUGGUUAAGGGAGUGAGCAUCAAAGAAUCCUGGAUUUAUGGAGGCCUGCAGUUUUUGUAUAAACUGUACUAUGCUGCUUUCAUUUCCUUAAUAACACUACAGUUCAAUA